AUGGGAGGAGCACGGAAUAAGAAGAAUGUCAAACCCAUCCUGAUCAUUUCCUUCAUUGCUCUUUUGCCAGUUUUCAACAAUGGUGCGAUUGGUCGAAGAAUAAUAAAUAAUGCUAGACUUACAACCACUUCAUUCCAACCAUCAUCCUUUGAACUACCAGUUGGUGCUGUCUCAUCACCCUUCAAAUAUUUGGAUCAUAAUGACACGUGCAUUCCACAACCGAAUCUUCCAUUGUCCAGGGGGCACUUUGUGAUUUCCAACAUUGACUAUGCACAUUUGACAGGAAUCACUGCAGAGAGUUCGGAAGCGAUUUGCAUGUUGACUCGGAGUGUGUUGGAAUUGUUUCAGUCACAAAUGUCGCUGGAGAUUGUCAACAAUAAAUGGUUGGAGAGGAGGAAUGCAACCGAAAAGCCUUAUGUAGUCCGCAAUAAUGCGUUUGACGUCAAGCAUUAUCAAGAUCUUCAUCAGUAUAGUGCAGCUCAUUUUCAGCUGAAAGACAUCAGCUCUGAUACCUGUACCAACGAAAAGCCCCGAAUCGGCAUUUUGAACCGAGCCAACUAUAGCUGGCGAUCAAUCUUGAAUGCCGAGGAGGUUGCAUUAUCUGCUGCCAAAACUCUGUCUCGCGACGAUUUUAUACAAGUGGGAUACUUUGAAAACCAAAACCUUUCCGAUCAGGUGGCUUUCUUUCGUUCCGUCGACAUUUUGAUUGCCCCACAUGGGGCCCAUCUGACCGGUCUUGCUUUCAUCGAUGCCCCCUGCUCACAUUUGUUGGAACUCUUUCCAAAGCGUUAUUCUAUUCCUUAUUACUACGGCUCCUUAGCCAUGUCGAAUGGAAAGAAAUACUCUUAUCUGUACAUGUCAGAGCAAUUUUUUGUCCUUCCAUUGCAACGAUUGUCGGAUAUAUGA